GGUGCUCAGCGGGGCGGCCAUUUUUUUUUGUGUAGAGCGGCGGAGGCCGUGCUGGGGUGUCACCAGGGGGAAGUAAGGAGACGGUCCCUGAGCGGCGGAGGCGGAGACGAGAGCAGCGGCGGCGGCGGCACAGCCUGAGCAGUCAAAGCCAAAGGACUCUUCAACCUAAUGCUAUGAAUGUUAAGAAGAGUCAAAUGGAAGAGAAGGCUGUUCAUUCGUGGUCACGGCUCUCCUCCGCUGGGAAGAGCGCCUUCGAGGAAGCUUUGAGAGUCUUUAAUCCAAUGUCAAAAGAUCUGACGGACACAGAGACGCAGCUGGUGACUUUUCUCCAAGGCCUGCGAGAAGAUGGAUAUCAGCCUACUAUUCUGAGCAGCAAAGAUGUUUACGGAUACAAUUCCACCACAGCAGACACGCCCCCGCCACCACCGGUUGGACUAAAGUGUCCUCCAAAAAAUGCCUCGACCGUUUCCUCCUCCAAAUCUCAUUCGAAAAACCAGACUGGCAAACCGACCAACCCAAGAGUCGACCUUUCUGUCAGCACUGCUAAAAUUUCUAACAGGCACCCAACAAGAAACUCUACGAACUUACUGUUGAGGUCGCUAAAGCGUUCGGACUCCGAGAAGACAAAAGGCUCAUGUGUUCAGUUUCCUUCCAACAUGUAUCCCGGAGUGUUUCCCGACAUGAGAUUAUCUGUGGUUUUAGAGGCAUUGGUGCCCUUUAAAUCAACCGCCUCCUCUCUGGCGAGCCUUAAGGAACAGCCUCUUGUCAUUGCAUCGAAGCAAAACGGUAAGGGAAAGAACGGCAAAGCCUACCAGUCCUUAAUGAAAGAGACCUCCCUUUUGAACGGGAUAAACGGCAAAAUUUUGAAGGAGAACGAUGCCUGCAAGGCCUUUGAGAUUUUGAACGGGCGAAUCCUUGUAAAUUCUCGCCCACUCUACAACGGCAUGGCCCAAGCGAAACGCAACUCGAAAGCGCAGGCGGCCAUUAGCAACAGAGGGACAAAGCCGCAGCUGGGGGACAGGGACAAAAAACGGAAACUCAGCGAGGUCUCCGACGAGGCACCCUUCAGCAAGAGGAUAAGGAUAACUCUUCCCUUGGUGAAGAGGUCACCGUUUGAUAAGGACAAAUAUAACCUGCUCAAGUCCGCAGUCAUUAAAAUAGACAAAAGGUCUUCGGAUGAUGAGUUACGGAGGAAAGCGCAGCGGAUCCUACGGUUGAACCUUUCCCCAGUUCUCCGAAUCCAGCCUUUGUUUGUCAUCCUCCAAUAAAUUGGGCCUCGGCCUCUUCUCUGAAGUAACUCCUUCCUAUUCUUCUCCACACUUCCAUAUGUUGGGAGCUGAGCAGAUGUAUUACGAUUUCCACACAUGAAAGCUGCUGAUAGUUUGAAGUCCUUUUCCUCCUUUGUUUCCGUGGCCAUUUUUGUCACUUUAUUUUUGCAGUAUACUUGCGCGCAAUGCUACAGAACAGCCAGCCAUGUCUUCUCAGAAAUGUUUCGGGAGGGGGUGAUCGAACGCCGGACAUGGACUCUCCGUCUCUUUUUUCGAUACAUGGCAAUAUGUAUAUUUUGUGCAAUAGUUAAGACCUAUUUCCUAAGGUAUAAUAUGCACUGUGAUUUUGCUUCUCUGUAUCGUUUUGAUCAAUUUGGCGAGGGACUGUUGUACAGUUUUUAUGAGACAGACUUUUACGGUUUUGGCGAUUUUUGUCAGAGCCACUUGAGUUUCAGAAGGAGUUCUUGGAAUAUCUGGAGUCAUAGCCUUAUGAGUUCCGAUCUUUUUUUUUUUUUUUUUAUUGUAAUGUUUAGCUCGGUCUGUGUAGGCUACAGAAGAGAAUUCGUUGAGCCAUCUCCUGACAUAUACUCCAGAAAGAAGAACCACCAUGGAGCCUGGUAUAUCUCUGACAUAAAGGGACACGGUUUCUUAGGAUAUACUCGGUGUCUUGGUGGCUCUUGGUUUUUCAACCGCAACCUGGUUCCGAACUUCAUGUGAAGUUUAUCUUGGGUAUCAAUAUUGGUUUAGAGCUGAAAUCUCACCAGGAGGGUCUCAGCUUGGACCCCCCACUGAUUUCUAGAGGGGCUCGGCGAUUCGAUAAAACUGCCCAUCCCCCUUUUAGUCACAGAUUUCCAUAACUCUGUUGUAACUUAAAUGUAGGGUUCCAAUGUCGAAAUCGAUAUCGUAUUCCCAUUGAGCAUCAGAGCACACUGACAGACCAGACGUUGAAUGUUGACUUGUUUUCCGAAAUGUUUGUGACUCCGUUUUGUUAAUGAGUGUGAGAACCUUUUGAGCGGAGAUGGUACGAACCCCUGGACUAAUUCUGGUGGUCACAGCACGUGUAGCUAUAUACUUUACAACCUUAUGCUUCAGGGCCUGCCGACUUGGGAACACAGUGGGUUUUGCCCAAUAUUUUAUAUUCCCCGUUCACUCUGCCGUUAUUCAGUGUCUGCCUUGUACGAUGCCUUUUGGCUCCUGUCACUUUGCAAUGAAGAGUUCGGAGUCCGAUACGUAAGGUUGACUUGCGCAUGAGAUGUAUGUAGGUGAACUUGACAAUUUUGAGAGGACUGGCCGGCCAUUUAGGGUACAAUCAGACGAUCGUAUGCGUUUGCGGAUACCGGCCGUACACAUGAUAGAAAUGCCUAUUCUUGCCCACAAUGGCGGACAAGUAUAGGACCUGCUCCUAUCAUUUUUGCGGAACGGUAGUACACAGUGUGCUGUCUGCAUCUUUGGCGGCCCAUUGAAAUGAAUGGUUCCACAUCCAUUCCGCAAUAUUGCAAAACGGACGCGGACCCAUAAAUACAGUCGUGUGAAUGUACCUUUAAAUGUGUAUUGGGGGGCCUCUCUCCCCGGACAGCGGAUCUCUGGAUAUAUGCUGGCAGCAGCUUCCUCCACUCUCUUUGGUAAAGUCUCACAUCUCCGUCUGUCCUCUCUGGCAGGCUGCUCCACCAGUUUUUGUCCGGACGAUUUCUGGCAUUCUUUGCCGGAACAACCUGCCGCAGAGGACAGGCGGAGAUCUGAAAAAAAGCCUUACUGAAAACAUGUUCACGCUCUGUAUAUGUAUUGGGGGAGUGAUGACUGUCACCCUGACGUGCAGGUCCAGCCUAAACCUUCUGUCCUAAAGGUGGCCAUACAGCUUAGACAUCUGUCUGUAAAUUUGGCUAUACAUAUGCGCGCUCAUCUCGGGUAAGGGGAAUAAGCGAAUAAUCGUAUUGCCUACGAAAACAUGCCCCAUCCUUCUUUCCACCUACAGAUGCCGCCAUGAGAGAGAUGUUGGAUCCCCCCCUUCACCCCUUAGACACAUUAGAUGUUUGUCCAGUCCCACCAAAAUCGUUGGCUUCGCCCGGCAUUCAUCUGUUGUCUAGGAGAUCUUUUGCCAGUAGGUUGGCCUCACGGUGACUCCCAUGAUUUUGCUGGGGUGUCCUCCCUCAAUGGGGUUCGGAAUAAUGGCCGCGUAUGACCUGUCUUAUACGUAGACUGUAUGGGAAGGAGUCUACCUGACGCAGAGCCGAAAACCCCUGAGAUUUUAUGAAUUCUUUUAUAGUGUACCUUCCGUUGCUACAGAUCUGUACAAUAUAUAUUUUUCUAUUGUUUCCAUGCAGUGUUUUUUUUUUUUUUUUCGUUGAGUGUUGUCGUCGCAGGCACAUACAACAGACGCUAUGUUGUGGUGUGAACCUUUUACCGUGGAGAAUGUCGAGUGAUUGCGCUCCCCUGAGUCGACCCACAAACCUCCACCGCUGUGAGCAGGAGGCCGUCUUUACUUUUUGGUGAUUGUACAUCAGGGGCGACAGGUUCAUCCUGUUAUGUUUUACCAUCUUCCUGCCAAAAGUCGGUCUGGUUGGAAAAUUUGGAGAUCGGAAAUUCAAGUUCCCUCUCACUCGUCACUUUACACAUUGAAGUUAUUGCCUUUUAGUUUAGGGUUGGACAAGAUACAGGAGCUUUUGUGAGACGCCACAAUCGGGAGCCAGUUUAACAGCCCAGAAAGUUUGGGUUUUAUUCUCGGAUCCUGAUACCUAGAAGCUGAGAUCUAGGGUGCUGUUGAGGUCCUUGCAUUAUAAAGCUGCAGGGUCAAAAAAUUCUUUGGACCCUGCAGGAAAUCUAUCUUAUUACGGUGGGGAGUAAAUAUACACUAAAGCUGGUCAUGCAGGUCAGUCAACAUCUAGUCCUCGACUUGUCCCCCCCCCAUAUACCUGCAUGCUCUGCCGUGUGGUGAAAACCCAAGAAAAAAAAAAAGGGUCAGGCAUGUUAAAAUCCAAGAUGCUUGAUCCUUGUUUUCCCUGACCUUGGUCAGGACACCUCCAUCUAAGUUCUAUGUCGGCCAAACCUGCCCAUUCAGUGGGGAUUGGGCAACCGUGUUCCUACUGUGUAUGGCCAGCUUAAUAAUCAGUGUUCCCUUUUGUUCCCUUUGUAUCCACAGGGACAGAUGGAGCAGCUCUACAGUGUGAGGACCCCAACAAACAGCUCCUCAAAUGUCUGCUGGGGAAAGAGAGAGAUAAGUUAGGGGAUUACAGGUUAUUUGAUUGAUGGCGUAUCCUUCGGAGUGGGUCGGAUCCUGGGACCUAAAUCGAUCAGCAGAACGAAUGGCCCCAGCUCGUACUGGAGCACUGUGUGGGUCCCUUUAUUGGUUAAACGUUGGUCCGCCUGGUACUCCAGUGCUUUUUUUAUUCAUUUCAAAUCGAACUGCAAUGCUACAGCCCCCCCCCCCCCCCUUCCCAUCGUUCGGCUGAUCAUUGAGUUGCUGGGGUCGAACCACAUCAGUGAUAUAUUGUUGGCCAUGAAUUGAAAAUCCCCUUGGCCUGCAGCCAACUGUGAAUAGAGUGAGUUUUCCUAUAAUGCCCGGGCCCCUCAUACUGGUCAUACCUUGCCCGCUCCCCGGCACCGGCGUCCCUUCUCAUGCCUCCACGGCCGCUACUGCAUCUCCCUGUCACGCAGAUCAAAACAUACUGGGAGGGUGCAGCCAGUAGCAAGUUGCGGCGGGCACGAGCCUCCCUAGCAUCGCCUGCUAUUGGCUGCCGCCCAGUCGCAGGAUGUUUUGAUGGGGCGAUGCAGAGGCAGCUGUGCCGGCAUCAGGAGCGAAGCAGGUGCUGGGGAGCGGGGUAAGAAUGACCAGUAUGAGAGGCGCGGGCAUUUUGGGGGACAUUUUAGUGGUUGGAUAACCCCUUAAACUUCCUGGUCCCAUAAUGAGCACUCGUCGCCGUCAUAUUGCCUUUUUUUUAUUUUUUAUUAUUUUUUUUACGAGAUCAUUGGAAAACAAGUUAUGCUGUAAUUCCAUGAAAAUCACUGGAAUCCGUAAACCAAUAUCCUUCACGAUCUUAAUUGCUUUGUGUAAAUUAGCGCUUAGAAGAUAAGUUAGAGGGGUUGGCCCUUCUCAGACAUUGAUGGCAUAUCGCUAGGAUAUGCCGUCAGUAUCAGGUAGGCGCGGGUCCCACCGCUGGGCUGAUGGAGAACACGGCAUGCAUGUGCUCAGCUGUUUUCAGAAGUCCCAUAACUGUGAAUGGAGGGCGCACAUGCAUGGCCGGCCACCUCUCCCUUCACCGCUAUGGUAGGGCUCAGCUGUUUUCUCCCAUAGCGGUGAACAGAGCGGAUGGUGGCUGUGCUCUCAUGGUGCGUACUCCAUUUCGUGGGAGGCAUUCUGGAGAUAGAUGCAGUUCUCACCUUUUGGGACUCGCUCCAAUCUGACAUUGAUGGAUGUGUGAGAUGGGCCAACCCCUUUAAAAGAUGACCGAUCACAAGAGUCUCCAUCUUCAUCCAUCCGUUUUUUUUUUUUUUUUGCCCAACUGUUAAAUUUUACAGAUUUUGUAGAAAAUGAUCCCGAGUCAAUGUGCCAUAUACUCCCCGAUGAUGGCGUCAACUCUUCUACCAACUGCCAUUGUUUCUAAGGAAGGAGUGACGUCACUGAACCUGCAGCCGAGGAGUCUGCGCCUCAGUGGGGUCUAAUCCUUGUACAUGGGGGAAUUUUUCAGCUGCCUCUUUAAAAGAUAAAAAAAUACAAUAAUUUGUCCAUGUCUUGGUAAGCAAACAGCAUUACAUGCCUUAUGUUCUAUUACU